GGCAAUAGGUCGACACGAAGGUAGCCUGAAAGACGCACCCCGUACCCGAUAGCGUUUUGAGUCUCACAAAGGCGGUUGGCGGAGAACCUUCCGCGUGCAGCAGAGUGCGACCCACCGUGCUGCAGCGGCCCACGCACCCAGAAAAAUCAUGAUGGGAGCCUCACCAGAGGCAACAACAACAACAGCAACGGCGGCAGGAGCGACAGGUGUAGCCGAGGAGGAGAAGGAAUCUUCAGGCAUUACCAUCGAGGUCCUACAGCAGCACUUCCACCAGCCGUUGGUGGUCGUCGCCGAUGAGCUCGGCGUCAGCCUGACGAUGAUCAAGAGACUAUGUCGCAAGCUUGGCAUGCCCCGGUGGCCGUUCAGGCAAAUCGAUUCUAUCAACAAAGCCAUGGAGGACCUUCAUGACCAGCUCGAGGGUGCAAGGACCGAGGCAGAUCGAGCCAGGUAUUGCAAGGCCCUGGAGGACGCUGAGAAAAAGAAGCAGCUCAUCACUCGAGGUGCGGCGGCGGGCGUCGAUCCUAACGUGCGCAAUGCCCUCUACCUGGCGGACACGGCAAACGUGUCGGAAGACGACAUUUUCGGCAACCCGGAGCUGAUGUCCAAGCUCAGCGACGCGCUCAAGACCAUCACGAAGCGCAAGCGGGUCAAGGGGAAGCCAUUCGGGGACCUCAUCGCUACCGUCCAGCGGGAUGGCUCCCUGCCGGCUUGCGUCCAGGCCAGCAACGGGACGGCGCCUCAGCCGCCGUCCGUCAGGGCUACCGCGAUAAAACUGGUGGCGAAGACGGGUGCUGCUGCUGCUGCUGCUGCUGCUGCUGCUGCUGCUGCUGCUUCGGGUUCGAGUUCGAGUUCGACCAGCGCGCGAUCUGCCCGAGGCUGCGGCGGCGCGUCUCGUCGCCAAAUUCGGCCCCCGGCCAUCGUCGACGCGAUCGCGACCUCCAACGAGGAGUACGCGGCGAUCAUCGAGCACGCGUACGGCAGCGUCCAACACCCAGAGUCGUCGGCCUCGGACACGACGAGCGUGUCGCCGGCGCUGAGCAGCCUCGGCAACAGUGCCCACGGCAGCAGCGCGGAGGACUACGCCCACCACGGCUGGGGGCACAACAGCAGCACCAGCAGCACCACCUACGGGGCGCGCGCGAAAGGCGAGGGCUUCUCGCACGACGCCCUCCUCGACAGCCCCGCGAGCAGCGACGCCACCCUCGUGGCCGGUAGCAGCCCCGGUCCGGGCGAGCGCGCGUUAUCCCCCGGAGGAGGCUCGCUGUCGGGGAGGUACUCGCCGGCGGCGGCGGCGGCGGUGACCAGCGUGGUGCUGCAGCAGUCCCCGCCGUUCGCCUUGCGGCCCACCGGAUUGGCGGGUACCCCGAGCGGUGGCGGCGCGGGAUAUCCUCACGGUAUGGGACAGCGUCAGCCUUCGCCGGCGGGGGGUCAUCGGCCCCGACCGAAGGAGCGCCUCUCGAUCACGUCCUCGGUUGCCUCGACGGACAUCGAGAGCCUAGACACGUCGCACUUCUUGGACUUCGACGACGACGACGACGACGAGGCGGUGCCGUACGGCGGCCCGGGCUACGCCGCGCCGGCCGGAGACCUGGGCUGCGUCCCUUCCGCGGCGGGCGGCGUCGGCUCAGGCUCAGGCGCCGCGGGAGCCGUCGGCGGGGCCGGGAACCGCGUCUCGCCGGAAGAUCUGCAGGAGCUGGAGGAGGCCCUGCUGAUGGACAACUUCUCCGGGGUGAUAGACGGGAUCCAGGAAGGGGAGGAAAUUCCCAGCGCGGUCCCGAAGAUGGAGGGCCUCGAAAGAGUAAACUUCUCCGGCCUGUUCAACAGCGGGGCGCAGCCUCUCACGCGCGCGGGGGGGCACGCAGCCAAUAGCGGCCCCGGUAUCGGCGCCGGCGUGCCUCGCGGCACGCCGCGCUCGGCGGGAGCCACCGGGUCGCCGCGCGUGCAGAUGUUUGGCGGCCGCAGCGGCGCCUCUCCCAACCAUGCCGCCGGCUCGGCGACCGCCGGCGNGCGGCGGCGGUGGCGGCCCGCCUCGGCCGGGGCCCCGUGGAAUGGGCCGGCCGCGGAGCAGCCAGGUCCCCCCGCGCCCCUACACGCCCGGCAAAACAACAGCCCGAGGGUGGGGUCUUCGCCACGGCCCCCGACGCCGGGGACGCCGGGGACGCAUGCCACGGCCCCCGGCGGCGGCGGCGGGAGCGGGAGCGGGAGCGGGAGCCUGAGCGGCCGGAGACGCGGGGACGAGGCAUUCCCGGCAGAGCACUACGCCCUUCCGUCGCCGAAGGACCCCCUCGGCUCCAACGGCCUGAUGGGGGGGCCGAGCCCCAAGUCUCGACGGGUCGGGGCGAGGGGCUUCCCGGAGAGGUUCCCCGGUUCCCCGCAGGCGGGGCUUUCGCCUCACGUCGGUUUUCCCCCGCAGUCCCCCCUUAGCGGUGGGGGCGCCGCGGCCGGCGCCGGCGGCAGCACCGGCUUUAACGUGACGUGUUCUCCUCUGGGCGGGUCGGACCGCACGUACUUCCCAGCCCCGGCCGCCAGCGCGAAGGCCGCCGCUCUGGCCGACCCCUCCUCGGGGAGGGGACACCGACGCUCCAGCAGCAGCGGCUUGAGUAGCGGCUGGGCAUCGGGUCCCCGGCAUGGCGGGGUGGCGGAAAGCGGUUUCGAUCGCUGUGCGACCGCUCCGAGCGGUCCUUCAGCGGGGGCAGCGGCAGCGGGAGCGGCUGGUUCGAGCGGAGCCAUGAGCGCUGGCUUCCAGGCAUCGGCUACCGCCGCCAGCAGCUCUGGCCAAAGCUGGAGCAUGAGGCUCGGAGACGGUACCAAGCAGAACGGCGUUACGACCGCCCCCAAGCCGGCGCACCGUCAUAACGGGUGGGUGUUGUCGUCGGGGGAGGUUCAGCAGCAGCAGCAGCAGGGAACGAAGUCGCGGAAUUAUUCACCCUCGAUCUCCGCAAACGGGCCGCCGCAGCAGCGUCUGCCUCGGCAGCAGUCGGCAUCAUCGCGGCCAAAGAGUCACGGCGUCGUGCAACGUAGGCACAGUGCCCCCAUACCCCCCCUACACACCUUCCCGGCGGCGUCCGGCGCCGGCGAGUUUGCCGGAGAGGAUAUCAUGGGCAUGAGUUCCGCUGCUUGCUGCUCGGCUAUAAAGAUGGAGUUUCAGGCACCAGCUGGUAGCCGGCAACCAUUGGAAGGCAUCGGGGCCGGCGGCAGCGGCGGCGGCAGCGGUUGCGGCGGCGACGUCGUCGAGAGUUUCUCCACGAACUAUUUUGGCGCUGCCACGGGGGGCGGGGCGGGGGCAGCGGCGGCGGCGGCGGCGGCGGCGGCCGGGAAAUUGGGAGGAGUGGCACCUGCUCCCGCCACGACAAAGAUGGGCGAGGCCGAGGGGGCGUGGUGGCAGCAGCGUCAAGCGGGGGAGGGCGGAAUGCUGCUUGAGACAUCAGCAAUGCCGGCGCCGGCGCCGGCCACGGAAAUAUCCAGCAACUGCGAGUUCGAGACUACCUUCGACGACAGCGCUGGGUGUGACGACCUGAUGGAUGCCCAUGUGAUGACAACGACGUUGCCAGUGGAUUUGUAACACGGGUAGCCCCCCCCCACCCCGCCCGUUCCCUUGUCGCCACCCACGCCAGCGUAUCUCCUGUGUUUGAAAGGUUGACGUGCAUGUGCUUCCUUGCGCGCUGCGUGUCUACGCGUGUCGUCCGAUUGAUUCUCACCCUCGCUAUGCAUAUGUGUGGCCUUGUCCGUUGUAGCUUGCGAUAACAUCGUAGUAGUUGAAGUUUUUCCUUGCUAUUGUGUUCGGGUUCCCGGAACGCGUCGGUCGGCACCAAAACGAGUCUUUGUAGCGUAGUAGCGGGGGGCGAUGUGUUGACUUUUGACGUGUUUUUGUGUGUUUUCAGAAAGGAGAAUGGCAGCGAACGUUUGAGCUUUCGGGCGCCGAAGCACGCAUACUAUCUACUUGGUUUUUUUGUCUAGAGUAUUGUACGCCAACAGCGGGUUCUCCGUAGAUCCUCGUUAUCCCGAAGAGGCGGUCAUGAUUGCUGUACUGUGCACGUGGCAUGGAGGCUGGCGAAAGGCAAAAAAGAGGGCGGGGGGCAGGGGGGGGUUCUGGGGUCCGGUUGGAUAUUCGUCCGUUGUCUCGUUACUGCAUUCUUGUUAUGUAUGUUGAUGUCUGUCUCCUUUGUUUGUCUUGUCUAUUUUGUCACGUCACCAGUCAGUCACUCAGUGAACGCACGAGCAAUCCAACACAGUUGGGCACGCGGUGUACUGUGCGUUGUUACAGCCGGAUGGUGGUACCUUUACGAUUCUACUUCACCCACUACUGCUGUCGGUGAUUUGACUCAGUCGAUGCAUUUAUUUUUGCGUCCCUUUCGGCGCGGUUGAUUGUGCGAGGGCGUGUCGAUAGUGGUCGCGGACGGGGGGGGAGGGGGGGCAGUACGUUGUCCAGUUUUCCUUACUUAUGUCGAGGGACAGGGAUUUUCUCUUGUUGUAAGAUACAGGAAUUGACACGACAAACGACAAAAAACCUGUUAAUAGCUUCUGUGAGCGUUGUAUUGUAAUAGUCUGUUCCCUUCCCGUCAGUUCCACCGUCCAUGCCUUAUGCAAAGUUUCGUGCAACACUCGAUGCUGUUCCCCUUGUCGAUAGACAAGAGUUCUGUGUGUUUUUUCUCGAUCGGAGCACGGUCCGCUUGCUGCGUGGUGGGGGUCAUUUGCUGUCUCCUUUUUUUUGUCUUGUUCGGAGAGUGGCAAGGCGAGGCGAGGCGAGUCGGGUCGGUGCCCGAAACCGCCACGCCGUUUCGCACAGGCGAGCCAGCCGUCCGUUGUGCAGAAUAUUUUUGUGCGUUUUCCUGGAUUUAAGGACCCUUUCACGAGGGGUUUCUCGCGACAGGCGGGCGAUGAACUACUGUACCUUGGUGUGACGAAAUGCCAACGGGCUGACGAUCCCCCCAGGCGGUGGUGGUCGAUGUCAGAACUCUUGUUGCGAACAGCGAAAAGACCGGGCGCAUUUCCGCGAGGUGGACGCGUCUCCUGGCCGUCCUUUCUGUAUUUAUUGAACGAUAAGAGUCGUUGUUGUCGUGAUGUUGACUUUUCAGUUUUUGAGGGUUCCCUUGUACUGCUUUCGCAUUUGGGUUUUAACGGGGGGGGGGUCACAGUGCUUGCGAUUGGCGGACUCCCUUACUGCACCUGGCGCACGUGGCGCCGGGCGUCUUGUCGUAGCUUGAAAAGUUUCUUUUCUUGUUUUUUACGAAAGCAAGCAAGACACCGUUGGCUUGCUCUAAUUGCAAGCUUGGGGUGAAGUUUGAGUCGAGAGGUCAAAACUGGUGCGGCGACCUACACGCGAGACUGCUGCGUCCCCGCGUCACAUCGGCAAAGCGAGGGGAGAAGCGGGAAAGGAGUUUGCUUCUCGCUUGAUUGUUUGGGGCCUUGACUCUCAGUUUGACAACGAAAACAAGAGGGUCUACUCGCGUUUGGGGGACAAGAAGGAGCAGCGUAGGCGGCUGUGCUGGUGAUCCUGUGAUUUGAAGCCUCGGCUCAAGCGGCGGCGACUUGUUUUAGAUUUUCUUGCAUUUCUGAGUAGAAACAACGCAAGGGCGAAUUGUGUAGGCCGUGUGUGUAGGGCAUUUUGGUAGAUCGUGUGCGCGUGCUGAUGCAGCACAUAGCAAGCAGACAUCUGGUGGUGGAAGUGGUGGUGCGACGACAGCAAACAACAGCAAACGGCAUUCGCGAUGAUCGCAAGACUUGAGUUUGCAUAUUUGCCGUUUUUAAGGGCAAUCUCAUGCAAUAACAGGCAGGUUCUUUGUGUAGGGUUGCGAUGCACGUACCACAUGAGAAGACGCAUUUCGUCGUGGGGUAUAUUGUUGUGUCGGGUGGUGAGCAAUAAGGCACACGACCGCGGAGGUGAAAAUACACGUGAAU